UGUUUUUGCCCCUCGCAGUCUCGUUCGCGUCGCCUUUUCCGUCGAUUAGGCUCGAUCUCUCGGCGCUCUCCAGCUCUAAGGAAAGGGGAGGAGAAAGCAGGGCUGUCCCCCUCUCUCUCUCUCUCUCUCUCUCUCUCGCUCCCCCUCGCUCCCCCUCGCUCCCCCUCUCCUCAGCGCUUAGCUGUCUGUUAGCCUGAGCGGAGCGCUAGCAGUUACAGGAGCCUCGCGCUGCCAAGGCAACGUCGCGCGCACACCUGGCCGCGUCACGUGACCCUCUCUACCUGGGCGUGGAUGGUGAGGCGACGGUUAGUGCUCCUCCACGCUUCAGUCAGUCUGCUCGGCCAAACCACCUCGUGUCGUCGCCUUGUUUCCCCACAGGACUCAGCGUCUCUCUCCGCACGGAACGCGCUCGCUCGCACAAACUAAGAUGUGAACUUUUCCGUACGGCGCCUUUUUUGGGGAUCUAUCGCUCGUCUUGUGCGGUUUUUUCUCUUCAGCCCGCCGAGGGAGGAACCGAAAUCUCCGAAAUCUGGCUGCCUCUACUCCUUCUCUUCUUCUGCCAAGCGUUCCCUCCAGCCACUCACUCUGGCUUUAGUUCAGGAGGACAAACAAAGAGUCCAUUCCAUGCAGGCAGAUUGGAGGUGGCAGAAAAGGGCCUCCUCAUUGCUGAGAGAACAGACGCUGCUGCAAUUAAACCUGACACCACCGUUUAGAGCCUUACACAUACUCCUGUGAGGGCCUACUGGCAAGCUGCACUCAACUCAUAUGGAGAUGGCGGGUUGGGUGCAGAUGGUGCGUUGGGUGCAGAUGGCCCUGUUCUUGGUGUGGUCUGUUUCUGCUGAGUCUGUUUCUGGGGAGUUCUUGGAGUUUUCCACCGAUAUGCCCAUCAACAACGUGGUUCAGGAUCCUGCAACAGGUCUCCUGUACCUUGGCGCUGUUAAUGCCAUUUACCAGCUUGAUGCUUCUCUCAAGCUGGAAGCUAGAGCUGUAACAGGGCCAAAGAAGGAUGCUCGUAGCUGCACACCGCCCGUUUCUACCUGCGUGACCACUGAACUGAAAGAUACCAACAACAUUAACAAGCUCCUGUUGGUCCACCCCACGAACAGAUCUCUAAUAGUGUGUGGGAGUGUAUAUAGAGGCAUCUGCUCACUUCUUAACCUCAACAAUGUAAACGAGCAGAUCUACUACAGUGACAGCAAAGGGGAAAGGACAUAUGCCGCCAGCAUUGACGAAAACGUCUCAGUUGUGGGCGUCAUGGCAACAUUCCAGUUAAAGGACGACCCAGAUAAAAAGCCAUUUGAUGUCUUCCUGAUUGGUAAGGGCUACGGUGGCCAUGAGGACAACCCAAAACUCAUCACCACACGCAUCCUGGAGAACUAUAAGGAGUGGGUGGUGUUUGAGAGCAUCGUGGAGGCCUCUCCAGUGCAGGCCAUUCCCUACCCCCCUUUGUACCAGCAUCAGUUCCGCUUUGCCUUUAAAGACACUGGAUUUGUUUAUUUCCUCUUCUCCCGCACCCUGGGCGGAGCAGAAAACUUCACUUUCGUGUCGCGCCUGUGCGAGAAGGAUGAGGGCUAUUACUCCUACACUGAGCUGCAGCUUAGCUGCCGCAAAAAUGGAGUUCAGUAUAACAAAGUCCAGGCUGCAUACAUAACUGAGCCAGGAAAGGAGUUGGCUCGUGCCAUGCAGGAUUCUGGUCAGUAUGGCACUGUUACAGUCUGGGAUAAAGUGCUGUUUAUAGUGGCCAGUCGAGAUGGUGAGGAUGCUACAGACUCUGCUCUUUGCAUGUAUCCGUUAAAGCGCAUUAAUGAGAGGGUGGAGGACAUCCUCAACGCCUGCUAUACUGAAAAUGGGAAAAUUGGAGGUCAACAAGCUGUGUAUAGUCCCUACAAAUCCAUCACCGACAAUCCUUGUGAGAAUCGUCAUAGUAAGGACAUAGUGGAACAGAACAGGUGUGGAGCAGAAUUUCUCCGUUACCCACUGGCCAGCAGGCCACAAUUUGCCCUGCAGGCAGAGGCAAUCUUCACCAGAAAAGGUCAUGGUCAUCUGACUGCAGUGGCCAUUGCUGUGGAGAACGAUCACACUAUAGCUUUUCUUGGGAACAGCCUGGGAGAGGUGGUGAAGGUUCAUUUGUCAGGCAAUUCGGAGGUGAGCAUCAGGGUUCCCGGGGACACCAUGGGCAGUCGCGUGAAUAAGAACCUUUUCUUUGACAAGACCCAGAGCCAUCUGUACAUCACUACAGAGAAAAAGGUCACUAAGGUGCCAGUGCAGUUAUGCCAUCUGAAGACUGACUGCAUGUCCUGCAUGGCCCAGAAAGAUCCUUACUGUGGCUGGUGUGUCCUGGAGGGCAGAUGUACGAGGAGGUCUGAGUGCAGUCGAGCUGAAGAGAAGAAUGGUUGGCUGUGGAGCUCCAGGAAAGAAUGUGUUAAAAUAGUCUCCUUCCAUCCUCCUAACCUCAGCUGCAAGAAAUCCCAGCAGGUUGAGAUCAACAUCCCAUCCCUACCCAGCAUCAGAGAUUUUGACAGGAUUCAGUGCAGAAUCAACUCAUUCCAAAGUAAAGCUGUGAUGGUCGACUCCAUGGUGAGGUGCCUCCUUCCUCCACCUUAUGAGCUGCCAGCUACACCCCCACACCAAGAUUUCGUGGCAGUGCCACUGAAGGUCUUAGUGAAUGAUAGUGUGGAGGUGGCCUCACGCAACUUCGAGUUCUACAACUGUGCAGCAGCCAUCCGCAAAGCGGAAAACACUCCAUGUACAGCGUGUGUAAGCAGACUGUGGGCGUGUCAGUGGAAUACUGCUGACCACACCUGCUCGGAUUUGAAUGAUGCUGAAACGGGACCCAACAUCAUCAAACACAAACAGGCAAAAAACUGUCCCCGGUUUGAGAACCCAGACCCCAUCCUCAUUCCAGUGGGACAUAAGACUCGCAUCAGUUUUGAGGGAGUAAAUCUGGAAGCCUACAAGGACAGAGAGUUCACCAUCGGCACAGAGCUGAUGAAACAGUUUGAAGAUGAUGUGAAGGCUGAAGAUGGUCCAUUUUAUUCCUUCAGUGGAUACAUGUUUUCCUAUGAUAAGACUCAGGAGGCCAGCAUCUUAUUCCACAUUAAGGAGAAAAACACUGACAAGAAGAUUGACAGCACACUCAAUGUCACUCUGUAUAACUGCUCAUUGGGCCGGGAGGACUGCAGUCUGUGUAAGAACGCAGACCUGAAAUACCAGUGUGUGUGGUGUCCUCAGACCCGCUCUUGUGUGUUUGAGAAACUGUGUUCCACCGUUGAGCUGCAGGAGUGCCCAGACCCUGGCAUCUCAGCCAUUAUCCCCCGUUAUGGUCCUCUGAAUGGAGGAAUCUCUGUCACUAUUAAGGGCUCUAACCUGGGUAUUCAGAAGGAGGACAUUAAGCACAUCACUGUGGCAGGAGUUCCCUGCAUCCAGCAGGAGGAGAAAUACUCUGUUUCUACCAGUGUUGUGUGUGAGAUCGGUGAAGUGGACCCUAAAGGUCCACUUGAAGGAGCAGUGGAGGUGGAAGUGAAAGGUGGGAAGAAAGGCACAUCAUCUGUCUUCUUUACCUAUCGGGACCCCAAGCCUUUAGCAGUGUACCCUGAUAAAGGUCCCAAAGAGGGAGGGACGCUCAUCACCAUCACUGGAAAUCAACUCCACACAGCCUCUAAGGAAGACAUUGCCAUCACUGUGGGUGGAGUGCCAUGCCAAGUUGAGGGGUUUGGGGAGCAGAUCACAUGCAAGGUGGGGAAGUAUCCAUCAGAGAAGGUGCCCUCUGACGUCCUCCCUGUUAAAGUGCACUAUGGGAAACGCACCGAGACUCAGGUCUCUGCAGCUUUCCAGUUCUCCAACAACCCCGUGAUAACUGAUUACCAACCCAGAGACAGCUUCGAUUGUGGUGGGAGGAGGAUUAUGGUGAUGGGCUCAGGAUUUGACCUCAUCCAGAAAGCCACUAUGAGAGUGAUGGUUACAGCUGAUGAGGGGCCUGUGCAAGAGUUUGUUGAGGAGGCUGUGAGUAAGAACGACUCCAUGCUGCUGUUCCUCUCGCCGGCUGUGAAUCGGACGUCCGACAGCCAAAUGAUCACCUCCAUCCACCUGGACAGCUACACAAAGGAGCUCAAGCCAUUCGAAUAUCACACAAAUCCCAUCUUCUAUAAGCUCUCAAAAGAUGUCAUCAUAGAGAACAGCGUGUUCAUCGUCACGGGCCGGGGUUUUUCCAAAGCUAUGACUGCUAAGGAGGCGCAGGCAUUUCUGGGCGAUGUGUCCUGUAAUGUGAACACACUUCAGGAUGAUAAGCUGUUCCUUGACCCACCAACCACCACACCUAGAUCACGUUCUAAGAGACAGCGGCGGGACGUCACGUCUGAGCUCCUCGACCUCCUGAUCAAGUUUGGAAAUGGAGAGUGGGUUGUUGGUUCUGUGCGCUAUGAGAGAAAGUACGAGGUGAAGCUGGAUAAAAUUAUUAUCCCUGCAGUUGUCGUCCCCAUGCUGCUGAUCAUAGCCAUCUCCAUAGUCUGCUACAGGAGGAAGAGCCAGCAGGCGGAACGGGAGUAUGAGAAGGUCAAGCACCAGCUAGAGAAUCUGGAGGAGAGCGUGCGUGACCGCUGCAAGAAGGAGUUCACAGAUCUGAUGAUCGAGAUGGAGGAUCAUACGAAUGAUCUGAGCGAAGGACGUAUCCCCUUCCUGGAUUAUAAAACCUACACAGACCGUGUCUUCUUCCUGCCCUCGAAAGAUGGAGCCAAUGACGUGAUGAUCACCGGAAAGCUGGAUAUCCCAGAAGCCCGCAAGGCAACAGUGGCUCAGGCCCUCAACCAGUUCUCCAACCUGCUCAACAGCAAGACCUUUCUCAUCACUUUUAUCCGUACUCUGGAGGCUCGAUCAGACUUCAAUGCAAGAGCUAAGGUGUAUUUUGCAUCUCUGCUGACUGUGGCUCUGCAUGGAAAGCUGGAGUACUACACAGAUAUCAUGAGGACGCUGCUGCUUGGGCUUAUGGAAGAAUACGUGCAGAGUAAAAACCCCAAACUCAUGCUGCGCAGGUCAGAGACAGUGGUUGAGAGGAUGCUGUGUAACUGGAUGUCCAUCUGCCUCUAUCAGUUCCUAAAGGACUCUGCAGGUGAACCACUGUAUAAACUCUUUAGAGCCAUAAAGCAUCAGAUAGAGAAAGGUCCAGUGGACUCACAAGUGAAGAAGGCCAAGUACACACUGAAUGACACGGGCCUGCUGGGUGACGAUGUGGAGUACUCCAUGCUGACCCUGCAGGUUUUGGUCCAGGGAGAAGGUCCUGAUAUAACUCCAGUGAAAGUGCUGGAUUGUGACACCAUCUCUCAGGUGAAAGAGAAGAUAAUUGAGCAGGUGUACAAAAACCUGCCAUACUCCCAGAGGCCAAAAGUAGAGAGUGUCACACUCGAAUGGCGCCCUGGCUCUACAGGCCAGAUUCUGUCUGAUUUGGAUGUGACCUCCCAGAAAGAAGGCAGAUGGAGACACCUUAACACACUAGCUCACUACAAUGUUCGAGACAAUGCCACACUGGUUCUUUCCAGGGUUUUACACACACAGCAGUCAUAUGACCAAAACCACGACAACCAUGAGGAGAGAAAUGCCUUGCUGGAGGAUGAUAAAGUGUUCCAUCUGGUCAGGCCAGCAGAUGAGCUGGACGAGAUGAAGUCGAAGAGAGGCAGCAUUAAGGAUAAGUCCAUGACCAAAGCCAUCACGGAGAUCUAUCUCACUCGCCUGCUCUCGGUCAAGGGCACGCUGCAGCAGUUUGUGGACGAUUUCUUCCGCAGUGUUCUCUGCUCAGGAACUGUGGUGCCGCCUGCUGUUAAAUACUUCUUUGACUUUCUGGAUGAGCAGGCCUUAAAACACGAGAACGUGGAUGAGGAGACCAUCCACAUCUGGAAGACCAACAGUCUCCCUUUAAGGUUCUGGGUGAACAUUCUGAAGAACCCUCAUUUCAUCUUUGAUGUGCAUGUGACAGAAGUGGUUGAUGCCUCGUUAUCGGUCAUUGCUCAGACCUUCAUGGAUGCCUGCACUAAAUCUGAGCACAAACUCAGCAGGGACUCACCCAGCAACAAGCUUCUCUAUGCAAAAGAGAUCUCCACAUACAAGAAGAUGGUCGAUGAAUACUACAAAGGAAUCCGACAGAUGGUGCCAGUCAGUGACCAAGACAUGAACACUCACUUAGCUGAGGUGUCUCGGGCUCAUACAGACAAACUGAACACACAAGUGGCCCUCCAUCAGCUGUACCAGUAUGCGAGCAAAUACUACAAAGAGAUCGUCCUGUCUCUGGAUGAGGACCCUGCAGCACAGAGUAAGCAGCUGACACUGCGACUCCAGCAGAUCGCUGCUGCGCUCGAGAACAAAGUGACAGAUCUGUAACUCUUCCGUGUGGAGAGAGGGAGAGGGAGAGGGAGAGGGAGGGGGGAGAGUGGAAGGGAGAGUGGAAGGGAGAGUGGAAGGGAGAGUGGAAGGGAGAGUGAGAGGGAGAGUGAGAGGGAGAGAGAGAGGGCGGCUGGAAUGGAAUCAAACUGCCAGAGGUCAAGUAGGGCUCAAGUCUCUGGGGUAGGAAAAGAGCAUACAAGAAAAAAAAGAACAAUUUAAUGAAUGAAGCCCUCAGAGUGUAAUUAGCAUUAUAAGUAUAAUCAGAUGUUCAAUUUCUUCCUGUGUAGAGAGAAAAAGUUUUAAGAAUUGUAUUAUAUAUUUUUUUUAUCGUGCAGUCUUUAUGCGGAAAGCUUUAUAAGGAGAAAAUAACUUUUUAAAUGGACAGCCUUGUGUUAAUUUUGUUUAUAAAGCCUCUGUGUAUAUGUGGGGGGGAUCUGUGGGGGUGGGUGUGUGUAUGUGGGUGGGCGGUUGAGUGUGAAUUGACUCUUGACUGCUGAUUGCUCACACGCAGGAUGCCUAAAUUCUGACCCAAAGGGAGUUGCCCACUCAUCUGUAUGACCCGGUUUUGUGUGCGUGCAUGCGUACGAGCGCAUUUGGUUUUACGUAAGCUCACUUUGAGGUUAUAACUUAUGUAUUGUCCAGCCAAACAUUAUCUGAUAGACCCUGACUGGCAGGAAGGAGAGGUGUUUUCCAGCAGGUGGUGGUUAUAUUUUUCUAUUGAUUCUCUGUGCGAACCUGCUGGUCUGAUGGGGUCAGCUUCCAUCAGAAGAAACACUGGAAAAGCCAAUAAUAUGAUUAAUAGCACAUUUCUUUUACAUGCUCUUAACUUACCAUAACAACAUGGACCAACCUGAGCACAAAGAGAUUCUGUUUAGGCAAUAGCAUUUCAACUAAAAAAACUGAACAAAAAAGUGUCCAUUUAUACAAGGCAUGUCAUUUUUAUACAUAGAUUUAUGUGUCAUGAAAAAGUUUAUUUGUACAACCUUUUUGUUAUGGUUCAUUUCAGAAAUAUGGCUAUUACAUUGUGCAGUGAAAAUUUCACUUAUGAUAAUGUUUUACGCAUCUCAUAAAUGGAUGGUUAUAUUUUAUGGUUCAUGGUACCAAAAUUUAAUGAUGGCACAUCAUUUCAUAGAAACUUCAGCAACCUUGUUUUUGACGGCACUUUAAAGGGCCCAUAUAAAUUUGCCUCACAUUUUUGUUGGUAAAGAUGUAGCACACAGCAUGUAAACAUUUGUUAAAGUUUUAAAGUGCAUCAUUCACUCCUCAGCCCAUACGGUCAUAUACAGAAACUAAGCUGCCCAUUUUGGAUUUUGUGUUGUCGCAAAAACAUUUACAUUUAUCCACCUACAGCAGUUUAGCUCAUGCUGAAGUUAUAAGGAUUGUUUCAACCUGGACUGCUUUUUGAACAAAGCACAAUAAAUGAUAGCCAAUCGUAACAGAGCUCAUUUAUAUGUAUGAUACUUAAAGGCACAAUAACAUCAGCCUGUUUAAUUCUAAGGGAGAAAGAAGGGUUGAAAAAAAUGGCCAUGUGAAAUGAAUUAUGACUGUUUUUCAGUACAUAAAAGCACACAAAUGUCAUAACUGUACUGAAGAAAAAAAUAUAGGAUAUGGGCCCUUUAACAGAAGUUGUCCCGUUACUUUAAAGCUGCCCAUUUGGGUUUUUGUCCAGCAGGUGGCGUAAGUCCGCAACUGAGGUUGAGAGCCAGCCAGUCGCACAUUUUUCAAAAGCUCUGUUGAGCUUCAACCAGUGUGCAUCUCAUCACCGGUGAUAUUUUACCUAGUACGUUAUUUUUAGGGACCCUUUAUUAACCGAUGAACUCCUUCGUCCCUUGAUGCACAAAAACUCUGACUGGCAGCUUUAAAUACGAAUACCAUUUCAUACUGCAGUGUGUUUUCAAAUGAAUUUUCCAACUGUGUAAAGUAGCAUUUCAUAGCACUCCUAAACAGGCAGCUGCUUUGGUACUAAACAGCUAAACAAUAUGGUACUUCUGAACUGAGCUGUAUUUCAGAAUUUUAACUGCAAAAUAGCAUGUCCAGUUUAUAAAACCUGCUGUCCUUUUUUUUAAUGUUUGUGAUCAUUCUACUAAACUUCACCAUGUAUGUACCAAAUACUGCAAUACACAGCAAUCAUUCUCAGUUUUGAAUAUUACAGGUGUUUAGGUAGCCUUUUUGAAGCUAGUCAAUAUUGCUUUUUGCUGUUGAUCCAAAAGCAGUUCGAUUGCUCUCUUAUAGCGAUUGAGGUUAGGAUUUGGGUCAGGAAACAACUGGUUUCCUAGAUCACCACGAAUCCUUUGAGCCUCUUCUUGAGCUGUAUCUCUCAGGGCUUGAGCUGCCCUUGAUUUGACUGCCAGAUGUCUGGAUUCUGGCCUUUGAAUGGCGGGAUUCCUCCUUAAAGCAAUGGUGGUCUGCUCGUGGUCUCUGUCUCUGAGCAGAGUGAAAAAGCCUUGCGACGAUUGGCACUGCCCACUCGAUUCCCCUCUGCUUUAAUGAAAUCAGCGGGAGACGCGUUUGAUCUUAAUUGCAUGCAAGCUGCUGACACCGUGCUUUUAAAUACGCUCACAAUAUUCCUUUUUUUAUUUGAAUUGGGAAGCCGUGACCCAAGCCCCUACAGCUCAAUGUAAAGCUUCUUUAGCCUUUCUUUCACCAAAAUGUGCCUUAAUGGUAUUAAGUGUUACUACUAUCGUUAAUUAUAUCGAUAAUAUCGAGUGGCAAAAUGGCAAAGUUUUAGAGCUAGGGUGCUUGCAGUGUCUUUGCAACUGUGGUGUUGACCGUGAGUAAGUGCAGUCGUCAUGCUAGGAUCAUUUGUGCUGUAGCCACAAUGUGCCAAUUAGGUUGAUCUUGCGUAAGGGAGGAAGAGGCAGUUUUUAUAGCGUGCAUAUCUUUUGGGCGUCCGUGGUUUGUGUGUGUAUGUGUGUGUGUAUGUGUGCGUGCGUGUGCACUUUUGUAGACGUCAUAUUGGGAACAAGCUCUGAACUAAACUAAGCCGUGGUGAAUGUAAAACCAUUCCUCCUACCCCCCAAAACAUCUGCCAUUACGCUUUUAUUCCUAAAUUUUUUAAGAGGAGGAUGUGCAACAGAAGUGUUGACUAGCGCUAGUGUGUCCCACUAUUGUGUUUAUCCCCAUAGACCUAUAAUUUCUCUGCUAUUCCACAGUAUGUAUGAAAAAUACCUAUACUCGACAAUGACCUUCUUACUGCUGUGCAGUUAUUUUUAUUCUGUCAUGUCCUUAUGAUAAUAAUAUAUGCCUUUGUAUUAAAGAAGCAAAUCUGUCAACACUGUAUUUCUUGUGUAAUAAUCCUAUGCAUUUUGAAGUCCAGGAAAAGAAAUGCCAAUAUGUUGUGGUGUUAUCGAGAUGUUUUUUUUUUUUUUUGGUUUGUUUUUUCCCCCUUUUUUUCUUGUGAAUGUGUAGUGAAGUAAGAUAGCUGGGACUGUAUAAGGUACAGUAAAAGUGGGAGACUACAGACUAGCCGUGGCUAUUCCAGGCCCGGCAGCUGAGAACAGCUCUUACAUGCCUAAUCUGUUUGUACUGAAGUGCUCACCACUCAGUGGGGGGGGACAAGGCUCAAAAACACCUUGCACCCUUACGUCAAUAAAGAGACACUUCCAUUUCA